AUGACUAAGGAACUCUGCGCACCCGGUGAGUGGCAUCUUGUCAGCUUGCAGAACAGCGUGGCACCCAUCACCAUGACCACCGCGAGCCAGCUGGUGGUUCCCAUGACGCUUUGGGGCAAGAUAGCCCCCACGCACAAUGUGUCAUCUAUCUUCAUCACAAAGGAUCAGAAGAUAAUCGUCACAGGCUGCAACGAUGGCCAGAUAUGCGUCUGGGACAUUAUGGAUGGGCUGAAAAUUGUGCCACGUAGCAUGCUUUUCGGCCACACUGGUCGAGUUCGGUGCCUGGCCAGUGCCUGUCCAACUGGCGAUGGCUCUUUGCUGGUCAGCUCUUCCGAGACUGGUGAAAUGUGCUUGUGGGACUUGACGGACGGCAGGUGCCUGGAGUCCAGCAUUCUUCCUUACGUUCAUACGCGUAUGCAGUCCCACAUGAUUUCCGGGGGUGAAAGCUCUCACCUGUUCUGCAAUGGCUACUAUCCGGACAUUGUCAUCCUUGACACUAUGACGUUGACUGUGGCCUUCCAACUCAUGUCACGGAUCACCUCGGACUGGAUCAGUGCCGUGCAUGUUAUUAGAUCGCCUAAAAAAAAUGAUGACGUUGUCGUAGCUGUCAGCGCUGGUGGUGUGGCCAAGGUCUGGACUCUGUCACCCGAGGAUUACAAGUCUCCGAGCCCCCUGUACGAGAGCGAGACCAAGAUUCUCAAGUGCCUGCGCACAUUGUGGCUAGCGUGCUGUGCCUACAACCAGCGCACCAUACUUGUGGUGACGGCCAACUGUUGGCAUAUCUACGAUGCUUAUGACUUCGCGCUGCUUUGCUCAACGGACAACCUGCCAUAUGAGCGGUGGAUGGGAGGGGACUUCAUCUCUGGUGACCGUGUGUGCGUGUGGAGUGAUAAGGGUCGUGGUUAUCUCUAUCAGCUGCCAGCCAAUGCCAUUGUUGAAAGCAGGGAGUUUCGCACUGGGCCCAACCCUGAAGACCAUGCUUUCCUCUUCUGUGUGCUUGCUGUUCCCAAUGAUAAGAGGCUCGUGUGCUCUCCUUCUAUGGGAUACUUCUUGGGCACGCGGGGUGGCUUUCACAAAAUGCUCCUUAGGGGAGACUGCAAUGGAUCUAUCGUUGUAUGGAAUGUUGUGGACGGAGCCAAUUGUGAUGUGGCUCACAUACGCCGAAAUGGAAAUGUUGCUCAAAUGAAACCUUUCCUGAGCCUUGCUUUACAGGAUGCUUGGGGUGAAAUGAAGCCUCCGCCCCCUGGCAUUAUGGACAAAAUGGAGCUGCCUGGAGAAAACCAUGAGACAAGGCUCUCUGCCAGCGUCUACUUGCCCCUGCAAGGACGCUUGGUGGUUGGCAGGGAGGACGGCAGCAUCAUUGUCAUGUCGGUCACACAAGCUGUUAUACUGCAGAUCCUCUAUGGGAAACAACACCACGACGAUCAACCGCAGCUGUUAGUGUUAAGCGGCCACAUUGGCCGUGUGACGUGCUUGCUGUAUCCGAACCACGUGCAUCCCCGUUACGAUGCUGGUCUCCUGGUAUCCGGGGGCGUAGAUUUCUCAGUCUGCAUGUGGGACCUGUACGGGGGCACACUGCUGCACCGAUUCUGCGACCACGCAGGCGAAGUCUUGCAGCUUCUCGUGCCACCAAACGAAUGCAACGUGAGUGCCUCUGCUGUUGUCUUUUUCUCUUAG